AUGACAUCAUCUUCCCCCCGUUCAGAUAGUUCGAACACCACUGGCUCCUUCAAGCUGUAUCAUUAUGAUCCUAAUCGUGCAGCUGCUGGCGCUUUUGUGGCUCUCUUCAUUCUAUGUACCAUCGUGCAUUUGUACAAACUCGUACGGGGCAGGACGUGGUUCUUCAUUCCAUUCAUCAUCAGCUUAGCGUUUGAAGCAGCUGGAUAUGCGGGAAGGAAUAUAUCGGCGGGAGAAACACCCCAUUGGACUACAGGUCCAUGCAUCCUUCAAAGUUUAACAUUGCUUCUUAGUCCAACUCUACUGGCUGCGUCUAUAUACAUGGCACUAGGUCGUCUAAUACGCCUGCUCAAUGCCGAUCGACACUCACUCAUUCGGACUACGUGGCUGACCAAAGUCUUUGUCCUUGGUGAUGUCCUCUCCUUCUUAACACAAUCAGGAGGAGGCGGUAUGCUUGCAAAGGCUAAAACUCAGUCUGACCUGUCCAUGGGCGAGAACAUCAUCAUCGGCGGUCUCUUUAUCCAGAUCAUCUUCUUCGGCUUCUUCAUCGUCGUCACUUACAUCUUUCACCGCCGUAUAGUGCUGUCACCCACCCCAACCAGUCGUUCUAUUGGCGUUCCUUGGCUUCGAUUUCUUCACAUCAUGUAUGCUGCUAGCGUGCUGAUCAUGGUUCGGUCCAUUUUCCGAGUCGCUGAAUAUGCUGGGGGAUAUUCUGGCCCGUUGCAAUCGUCCGAAGCUUACAUAUACAUUUUUGAUGCUACACUCAUGUUCGCUGCGGCUGUUUUGUUUGGAGUUUGGCACCCAGGGAGUAUGAUGACGGCAAAAGAGAAAGGGGCUAUACCAUUGUCAGACGAUGGCAGCAACCUGUAUGGAAACUCCCCCAGUUAUGGGGCUUAA